CCGUGCUGCUGCAUAGAAACGCGGGAAUAAAGUUUUAAAAAAUUUCACCGAAGAUUGAUUUAAUAUAAAUACUGAUGGUGGUAAGAGAAAACAAUCUUUCUGUGUCCCUUUAUCAUUCAAUACAUCAAACACAAUGAGUAGGACGACUUCCGUCUUAGAGUCUUCGGCAUCUGCAGUCGAACUACAACGACUAGGAAGAGAUGACCAAAGUACAACAAACCAAACACACAAUAAGUCAUUAUGGCGAGAUUCAUGGCUUGCAAGACCCAUCAUCAUCAAAGCAUUACCGCCACAAGCACGAUUGAUCAUGAUCGGAGCUAUCGUCUCUAUUUCUGGGCUGCUGUACGGUCUUGAUACGGGUUCAAUCGGUCCGGUAACAGAGAUGGACCAAUUUUAUAAAACUAUUGGUUUUAUACCUUCUCCUGCUUUGCAUGGUUUCUUUGUCGCUUCAAUCCUUUUAUCUGCUUCUAUAAGUUCGCUCUGUAGCGGCUUUGUUGCUGAUAAGAUUUCAAGAAGAUUUGGUGUCUUUACGGGAGCAGUCAUCUUCACAAUCGGAGCAACAAUCUCAGCAUCAUGCUCUGCAUUUCCUGCUUUAAUCGUCGCACGUUUAAUCACCGGUAUAGGAGCAGGUCAAAUGAUUGCAGUAGCAUCAAUCUAUCUUAUCGAAAUCGCAACAUCUGAAACUCGAGGUAAAUUAGCUUGUAUGAUCCAAUUUUGUAUCGCGAUCGGUAUCAUGACUGGAUAUUUCAUCACUUAUGCAACUCAACGGAUCAGUUCAAGUUUAUCUUGGCGUUUACCGUUUAUUGUUCAAGCUUCAACCUCUGCUCUAUUGGCACUUUUGAUUAUCGCUUUCGUUCCAUUUUCACCUCGUUGGCAAGCUCAACAUCAUGGUGAGCAAGCAGCUUUGGAUACUUUACGCAAAAUUCGUUUACCUGAUUUCGAAACUACAUCAAGAUCGGGUAAUGAGACCUUACAAUCUUUACAAGAGUCUCAAUUACAAAAAGAAAUUCUUGAAAUUCGUGCUGCUAUAACAGAAGCUCGGAUUUGCCGAAAUAGUGCAAGACGUGGUUCAUCGGCAGGAGCAAGUAGCUAUAAAGAAUUAUUCCAUCGAAGGUAUAGAAAGCGAACUGCAUUGGGUAUCUUUCUCAUGUCGGCUCAACAGCUCUCAGGUGUGGAUGUCGUCUUAUACUUUGCACCAGUGGUUUUCUCGAGCUUAUUCUCAUCUCAAACGGCGUCUUUCCUUGCUUCUGGUGUGUCUGGUAUCAUUCUAGUCGUAUCAACGAUUCCCGCUCAAAUCUAUGUUGAUCGUUGGGGCAGAAAGCCAAUGAUGGUAGGUGGAGGCAUUUCGAUGGCCGCAUGUUUCUUGAUAAUCGGAUCACUUUUUGCUAAAUUUGCAUCGAUUGAAAACAACACUGUUCGUUUAGCACAAGGUCCUGCACGUUGGGUUGUUGUCGUGCUCAUUUACCUUUUCCUUGCCAUCUUUUCGAUGACUUGGGCUGUGGUUUGUAGAAUUUAUGCGGCAGAAGUGAUGCCCACCCGAUUACGUUCAAAAGCUGCAGCAGGACAACAAUUAGCAAAUUGGACAACAAACUUUGUCGUUGCUUUGACUGCUCCUUCUUUCUUACGUGCAACGCCUUCAGGUCCAUAUUUUUUCUUUUCUGCUUGCAUUGCAUUUACAACGUUGAUUUGCUUUAAGUUUAUGAUUGAAACUAAAGGCCGUUCACUGGAACAGAUUGAUAACCUUUUCGAUCAGCACAACGAAUAAACACAAGCUCACUUUCUCCUUAUGUAUAUACUUUUUCAUUUACCGGUCUAGCUUGUUUUUUUAUUUUUAUUUCGGAAAAACCAGAAACAUCUUCAUUCGUUGUAACCAUGCAUAGAUUGCUCUCAUUUAAGCGAAUUUUUGUGGGGAAAGGCACAACGAACAUAAUCGUUGACUGAUGAAGUGCAUCAAAAGAAAACACCUUUUCUCAUGCUAUUUAGCGUCUACUUAUGUACACUAACUUUCUCCUUGGCACUUGUUCUUGACUUUAUUCGAUCAACUUGGCGAUCUUUCUCACGCUUCUACUCCUAUGCACUAAAAUUGUAUGAUUGACUUAGGGUUCUG